GAAAGAGGAAGUACAAUUAGCAUAUUUCCAACGUAUCUGGUAAAAUGAAAACAAAUAUUUUCUCUUAAUUAUUUUUUAAGGAAAUACGAGUAUUAUUCAAUCCAACAUUCAAAAAUGUUUCAAGAACCUGACUACAGAGAAAACCUAUCACUGAAGUUAUCAGAUGUUUUUAAUGACAUUGGUGUCAGUAAAAUAACAGUGAUGAGGAGGAGAAGAUUUUACAUGCUGAGUGAGACUAUGUUUAAUAUCACACAUAGGUUAAUUGAUUCAAAAUUUACUGGAUAUUAUCUAGGGAGUCAGAGUGAAGGUACAACGACUAUAGGGCUUCAGUCAGACUUGGAUGAACUACACUGUAAUCAUGAUUUCAAUGUAAUACAAGACUGGUCAGAGUGGGAACAUGGCAAGGUAAACUUCCUCAUGAUACAGGAUGAGAACACAACCCCGGGGUAUUGUUUCUUACAACUGCUCCGACCUGAUGAACCUCUUCCUGACACUGUCAUUCCUGUUGAACACCAUAUAACUGAUAGAAGUGGAAGAAUUUUGAUGAAAAACACAAAAUUUAAUGGUUUAAUUCCGGGUGCUGUAGAUCAUGGACCAUCAAAUGCUGUACCAGGACAACCUGGAUUCAGUGAUACAGACCAUGUGGUAGCUUUACCUUGUAAAUCAUGGCCUCAAUCAGCAUCAGGUUGGUUAGAUAGACAAGGUAUUGACAGAUGGCCAACACAAGACAUGAGAAGAUAUGCAGCCAGUACUAGGUGUUUUGUUGUUCCAACUGGAAGUAAGGUCAGUGAAUAUCCUGAACUGGAAUGGAGAAUAUCUACAUCAUUGGCAGAAAGGUGCCUUAUACUUAAUCUAAAUAUAACACAAAUAAGGUGCUAUGUAUUAUUGAAAAUUAUUCUUAAAUCCUUCCCUUAUCCUCAAGAUGAAAUCAAUAUAUCAAGUUUCAUGUGUAAAACAGUACUAUUACAUUGUAUAGAAAACACAGAGAAAAGUGCAUGGAAAGAAAAUAAUUUAUUUACAUGUUUAACAUACUGCUUAUUGGAAUUACACAGUUGUGUACAGAAUGAUCGUUGUUCACAUUUCAUUAUACCGGACAAUAAUUUGAUGGCAGGGCAAUUUACAGCUGACACAAAACAUGAACUUUCAAAAUAUAUUUGUGAACUUAUAGAGAAUGAUAGACAAUGGUUACUUGGGAUUGAUAUUGAUGAUCUUGGUCAUAGACUUCAAGUUAAACUGAGCAGGGUACCACAUGGAGUAUACUAUUUUCGUUCUUCUCUUGAAAUAUCUGAACACGUUUUGACCGGGGGAUAUAUAGACAUUGCACACGAAGUAAGUGAGUGGCAUAAAUUUGUUUUACACAAUUUACACAGCAAAAACAUUACGACAAUGAAGCAAUCUGUAAGUAAACUAAUGACCUUCAGAGAUAAUGGUAAUAGGUUACAACAGGCUGCAUUCAAGUUUCUAGCACCUUUUUGUUUUACCACUUAUGGGUCUGCCCUAGCAUCAUCCAGUAUUGGUGAAAAUAAUCAAGUGUCACCUGAAGCAUUGGUUUGGCUAUCAGCUGGUUUAAACUCAGAUAUCUCAUCUAGCAGACUUAAAUUGGCUUCAGUGUUCUACAGUACAGGAGAUAUGGAGAAAGCUGAACUAAUUCUGAGACACAUUGAACAACAAUAUGACUCUCAUCCUGGUGCACCUAUCUGUAGAUGCAGGGAAACACCUACAUUAACAGUAACAGCAGAAUUCAAGAGGGUAUGUUGUGAGCAAAGUGAGGACUGUAUCAAACAUAUAACAGCAUUUUGUGUCAGAUUUAUACAGGAAGAGAUCAACUGUGUUCCUCAUGAACUACAAUAUGAAAUGUUCAGAUCUACACAAGAUGACAUGAUACACAGAGAUAAAGAUAAUGACUAUUGGAUGGACUGGGCUGUAGUUGAUUCUCUACCUUUCCUUUACUUCCUACAAUACAAGAUCUACAAUCAUCAACACAGAAAUCAAGAUCAACAACAAGCACUAAGUAAACUUAUAAGAACCAUAGAAACAAAUAAAUACCUUAAACAUAGAGAAACAGCUCUAAAUCUUUUAGGGCAAUGUAUGGAACAAGAACACAGACCACAAGAGGCAUUAAAAUGCUACAUGCUUUCUCUUCAACAAAGGGCAAGAAACAAUGCAGCAAAUUUCCAUAUAUCUAAGCUUCUUACUGGCUUACUGGUUAACCAAUAAAAUGUGAUCCAAAUAUAAGAAGAAAGUUUGAAGACUAUAGUUUUCAAUGAUCAUAUACUGCUUGUGUGUAUCAAACUGAUAUAUAGGCAUGUCAUUACAUUUUUAUCACAAUAUAAUUUUGAAAUAAUAAUAAACAUGAUAAAUUGAAAGAAUGAAUUCAACUUCAAUGAUUUGAAUAUCUGACUUUACAUUUGAGAGUCAAGAACCUCUUUUGUAGAGGACCAUAACUUGCUCAUGAAAACAAAUUUUAAAUUUUGUUUGAUAAGAUGAAGUUUUUUUCAAGAGUAUAAACUGUUACACGCUCAC